CAGCAUAAUAUCCUGUUGUUAAAAUAACGCUAAAGAAGUCUUGUUUGGCCAUCACUGACAGGCACUGUACCAAACCAGUGUUCGUCGAAUUAUUGUUAUAGCUGUAUCUGACAAAACCAGUUGAAUUCUUUAACUUUCGUCGCAUCAAAUCCGGUUCUUCUCUGGUUAAGGUUACAUAAACCUUCACUAACUGUAAAGAUGUUGAGCAAGACGGUUUCUACGAAGAUUAUGGGAUCCAUGCGAGGAUUUCCAAGCCACCGAAUAAACUAUAGUACAAGUUCUGUGAAUGUUGUUGGGAGGGAAUUGAUCAAAAGCAGGGCACUGGAGAAAGAUGAGCUGCGACCUCUCUACAUGGAUUUUCAAGCCACAACACCAAUGGAUCCAAGAGUUCUGGAUGCAAUGCUUCCCUAUCAAGUGAAUUAUUAUGGUAACCCUCAUUCGAGAACACAUGCAUAUGGCUGGGAAAGCGAAAGUGCCAUGGAAAAAGCUAGAAAGCAAGUGGCAGACCUGAUUGCUGCGGAUCCUCGUGAGAUUGUGUUCACAAGUGGUGCCACUGAAUCCAAUAAUAUGUCAAUCAAAGGCGUGGCUCGCUUUUACAAGGCCAAGAAGAAUCAUGUUAUCACAACUCAGACCGAGCAUAAGUGUGUGCUUGACUCCUGUCGAGUCUUGGAAGCAGAGGGCUUCGACAUAACCUAUCUUCCUGUGAAGUCAAAUGGCCUGGUUGAUCUACAGCUAUUGGAGGAGACCAUUCGUCCAGAAACAAGUCUGGUAUCUGUGAUGACUGUGAACAAUGAGAUCGGUGUGAUGCAGCCUGUCGAAGAAAUAGGUAGAAUCUGCCGUUCAAGGAACGUCUUUUUCCACACUGAUGCUGCUCAAGCUGUGGGAAAAGUCCCUAUCAAUGUGUCUGACUGGAAAGUAGACCUGAUGUCCAUCAGCGGCCACAAAAUAUAUGGUCCCAAAGGCGUUGGGGCUCUCUAUGUGCGGCGCAGGCCCCGGGUUCGAAUGGAGCCACUGCAGAACGGUGGAGGCCAGGAGAGAGGGCUUCGCUCGGGGACAGUGCCCACUCCUCUGGCGGUUGGUUUGGGAGCCGCCUGUGAGAUAGCCCAGCAGGAGCUAGAGUAUGAUCACCGCUGGGUGUCACUGUUGGCAAAACGCCUUGUGCAGAAGAUCAUGUCAGAGGUUCCUGAUGUUGUGAUGAACGGUGAUCCUGAGCAAAGAUAUCCAGGAUGUAUCAAUUUGUCCUUUGCUUACGUGGAGGGAGAGAGUCUGUUGAUGGCCCUGAAGGAUGUCGCACUAUCAUCUGGCAGUGCAUGUACCUCUGCUUCAUUGGAGCCUUCAUAUGUUCUGAGAGCUAUUGGAACAGAUGAAGACCUUGCCCACUCUUCAAUCAGAUUUGGAAUUGGACGAUUCAGCACAGAGGCAGAAGUGGACUUUACAGCAGAGAAGUGUAUUCAGCAAGUCAAACGCCUGAGAGAGAUGAGCCCUUUGUGGGAGAUGGUGCAAGAGGGAAUCGAUCUGAAGAGCAUCAAGUGGUCACAGCACUAAAGAAAUCCUUCAGGAAACAUGCCUAAGAAAAUUGUGAAUAUUGAACUUAAGUUUGCUGCCUAAUAUGCUACUCCCAUGCUGACUGGGAAUUAUUUAUACUGACUAGAAACACGCACCAAUUCCUGACGUAUUUAGUGUACAUCUAUAUUUUGUAUUUGUAGACUUGAAUAAUACUUUUUUUGUAUUUGACUAGGUAUUGAUAUAUAAAUGAUGUGGUCUUGAGUAGUUCAUCAUUUUACAGCAGAAUUGACCAUUGGCUUUUAUGACUGAGCAAUUUCUGAAUGGUUAUUGUGUGUAACAUUCCAUUAGGUUGAUGAUUUUGGUGACAGCAUACAGCAGUGUUCUUAUUAUUAUAAUAUAUUUACAAUGACAGAAACACAUUUGUUUAAUGUCAGGGUAAAGGAGCAAUAUAGUGUCUCUUGUUUUUUUUGUUAGGUUCUCAAUGUGUUGUUUUUAUUUUAAAGCAAUCUUCAAAAUUCUCCCUAGUUUGUUUGUAAACAGUCUUUGACACCUGUGUAUUUUUUGCAGAAUCGUUUAAUUAGAUUUAAAGAUAUAAUGUGAAGGAACUAUGCAGAUUAAUUAAGUGGCCUGCUGUAUAUGAUCUCUAAUCAUCAUCAACCACUAUUUUGUCUGAACAUAGUGCUAGUUGUUUCCACUUUGCAUACAGCAUACAAAUAGAACAGCAGAUGUAUUACUCUUACCAAUAUGUUACAUAUCUGAUGUAUUGAGUGUUACACAUCCUUAUGUAGUGUAUAACAUGUCCAAUAAACAAUUGACUGCCA